AUGAAUCGCUCAAUCACCGGCGCUUGGGCCAACCAGCGCAACAGGAUAUCGCUGAACAGCCCGCUCCCCCCUUCUUCGCCUUCUUCGAGUGCGACUGCGUCCAAUAUACCCAUCCCUCCCCCUCCCGGAUCAGCCGCAGCCGCAGCUCUGGCCAGGCAACAACAAGCCCAAGCUCAACAGAAUGGUGAAGGGUCGGCAACAAGCAACGACCCGGCGGACGCAGCCGCCGCCGCAGCGGCAUCUCCGAUAGCCAGUGGUUCAGCGCCUAGAACACGGCAGAGCUCUCCCAAUGCUACCUUGGUCGCCUCCAGCAACUCGCCCGUCAAACGCAAGUCGCGCUCUUCGCGAAUCGAUGGAAACGGCGCUGUCGGCUCCUCCGGCACAUCCUCUUCCUCGAAACGACCCAAAGGUCUUGUCUCGAAACUUAUGAACACCGCCGAGAAGUAUACCCCUCCCGCGACUCGCCUCGCUGAUCUCGGCGGCAUCUCCAAUGCUAUCGAAAAGAUCUUGGAGCUCAUUGCAAUGCCAUUGUGCCACCCAGAGAUCUACGCUCAUACCGGUGUCAAGCCACCACGAGGUGUUUUGCUGCACGGUCCUCCCGGUUGCGGUAAGACCAUGCUCGCUGGCGCUGUAGCCGGUGAGCUCGGAGUACCAUUCCUCUCCAUCUCGGCGCCCUCGGUCGUCUCUGGAACAUCAGGGGAGUCGGAAAAGACGAUCAGAGACACAUUCGACGAGGCCGCUUCGAUCGCACCCUGCAUCCUCUUCAUCGACGAGAUCGAUGCCAUCACACCAAAGCGAGAGACCGCACAGCGAGAGAUGGAACGCCGUAUCGUAGCUCAGCUGCUCACGUCGCUCGACGACCUCAGUUGGGAAAAGACAGAUGGAAAGCCAGUCAUGAUCAUCGGCGCAACAAACCGACCGGACAGUCUCGAUCCGGCACUAAGGCGAGCAGGACGUUUCGACCACGAAAUUGCCAUGGGUGUCCCAGACGAGGACGGACGCGAACAAAUUCUGCGGGUGCUCGCGCAAAAGCUCCGCCUCUCAGGCGACUUUGACUUCCGAGCUUUGGCCAAGUCAACGCCGGGGUACGUGGGUGCAGAUUUGACCGCUUUGACAUCCGCCGCAGGGAUCAUCGCAGUCAAGCGCAUCUUUCAGCAGCUCAGCGAGUCCGAUUCGCUACCGUCCAGUCUGUCAGCGGAACGUAUCUCUCAGGCUAUCGGUCUGAACGCCAGCGACAAUCAACAAGACGCAGCAGCAGCAGGCGACGUUGAUAUGAAUGAUUCCGACCUGCAGACUGCUUCCGACGGUCAAGACGGCUCUGCCUCCGCUCAGACCGCGCCUGUCGCGAACGGCGCGGUUGUAGAUGCGCCUGCCGACUCUGUGGGCCUCUCCGCCGGUGUGGCAACGCAGGCGUCAGCUGCAGAAGACGGCGCGCAGACGCCUGUAUCAACCUCUGUUGCGCCAUCGAACGUCCGCCCAUCGGCCACUUUCUUCGAUGCGCUCCCUGAGCACAUCCGCGAUUCUUCCAUCGCCUCUUUUCUGAAAAAUUAUCCUUCGCCGCUAACCGACGCGCAGCUUGCGCCUCUCGCCAUCACCAACGCCGAUUUUCUGGUGGCAUUACCGUCCGUCCAGCCUUCGUCCAAACGAGAAGGAUUCGCCACCGUGCCCGACGUAUCCUGGGCCGACGUCGGCGCUCUCCACUCGACGCGAGACGAGCUGUCUAUGGCCAUUGUGGAGCCCAUCAAACGACCCGAGCUGUUCCGCUCGGUCGGUGUUUCCGCCUCUUCCGGUGUUCUGCUCUGGGGCCCGCCAGGAUGCGGCAAGACACUUCUCGCUAAAGCCGUCGCAAACGAGUCUCGCGCCAACUUCAUCUCGGUCAAGGGGCCGGAAUUGCUCAACAAGUACGUUGGUGAAUCCGAAAAGGCAGUGCGUCAAGUCUUUGCGCGUGCACGAACUUCUUCGCCCUGCGUUAUUUUCUUCGACGAACUGGACGCCCUUGUGCCGCGCAGAGACGACUCGUUGUCGGAGAGCUCAAGCAGAGUGGUCAACACGCUACUCACCGAGCUCGAUGGUCUGGAAUCGCGCGUCCAGACGUACGUCAUCGCUGCCACCAAUCGACCUGACAUGAUCGACCCUGCCAUGUGUCGUCCCGGUCGACUUGACAAGCUGCUCUACGUCGACUUGCCAAAGCCCGACGAACGAUUGGAGAUCCUAAAGACCAUCACCAGCAAGACGCCCCUCAGUGAUGAGGUCGAUCUGCAGACUAUCGCGUACGAUGAUAAGCUUACAGGAUUCUCUGGAGCCGAUCUGGCUGCGCUUGUGCGCGAAGCUGCUGUGCUGGCGCUGAGGGAAACUAUCCUUUUCCGCAACUCUCAGCCUGCGUCGACGGUGACUCAGGUCAAGAAGGGGAAGAAGGGGGAGGAGGAAGGGGUGAGAGUGAUCGUGAUGCAAUCGCACUUCGUAGCGGCAUUGUCAAAGAUCCAGCCUUCGGUGUCUGCUCAGCAGCGACGCAAGUAUCUGUCGUUGAGACAAAAGCUGCAAGGUUCGGUGCCUAUUGAAGGCGGAUCAAGUGGGAAUGGGAGAAGGGGACGAUUCGAAGGUGAUGGCGAUGAUAGCAAUGCAGCUACGCCUGCUAGUUAA